CUUGCGCUUGCGCGAUGCGCACGGCGGGUAUAACGCACCGCGGAGGGUGAAGGGCGGGCAGGGCGCGCGGAGAGGUGCGGUGGACCGGUUCCUGCUUUGGCAGGGUGGUUGCGCCCGAGCGGCCCACGCCACAUCCUACUCCCGACCUCUGCGGAGAUGGUGGCGAAGCCUCUGUACGAGCGCCUUGGGCCCACGCCUGUUUCUCGACCGGAAAACCUUUAUCCCAGCGCGUCUCAAGGGAAAGAGCUCCAGUUUUGAUGGUUGCGAAUAUAGCCCUGUCGAAUCUCGGGAUUAGAAUAAAGGGUUCGUCUUCAGGAUCUGGCUUUGAUUGCACACUUCUGAAACAGCUCAGUACCUCACGAGCAGCCAGUUUUCACUUUGGAGAGAACUAAGAUCUGCCUAAUGUACUUUUCAUCGUUUAGCUGUGCUUAGAACAACGCCAAUCCAUUCCCAUAUCGAACCCAGCCGCCAUUUGCCCUCCCACACCCUUUUCAGUUCACACCCCUAUGUUCCUUCACCUGUUGCUUAAAUGGCUUAAUGUCUUAAGACUUUUCCUACCGUUCUGGACCCACUCCUUUCCCAGAGAUUCUCCCAUUCUGGGUUCCCAAAGUACGUUUGUAGCUGCACAGUUCUUUAGUCAGACCUGAUUUCUAAUCCAGGACUGUGAGAACUAAGUGUAUGACCCUUGGUAUGCAAAGAAGCCUUUUCAUCCAGAUGUUCUUAGCGGUAAUAUGGAUCAGUCAGGAGUUCUCCUCUGGGUAAAAGCAGAACCCUUUAUAGUGGGUGCCUUGCAGGUCCCUCCUCCAUCCAAGUUCAGUCUUCAUUAUCUCAGGAAGAUAGCCACCUAUGUGCGAAUCCGGGCCACAGAGGGAGCUUACCCACGGCUCUACUGGUCUACAUGGAGGCACAUUGCAUGUGGGAAACUGCAGUUGGCUAAGGAUCUGGCAUGGCUUUACUUUGAAGUAUUUGAUAGUCUUUCGGUGAGGACUCCUGAGAAACGCCUGGAAUGGUCUGAGAUUCUCUCCAACUGCAUGUCUGAAGAUGAAGUUGAAAAGCAGAGAAAUCAGCUUUCAGUGGACACUCUACAGUUUCUACUGUUUUUAUACAUACAACAGUUAAAUAAGGUUUCCCUGAGGACAUCUUUGAUUGGAGAAGAAUGGCCUAGUCCCAGAAGCAGAUCUCAGUCUCCCGACCUGACAGAAAAAUCCAAUUGUCAUAAUAAGAACUGGAAUGAUUAUAGUCAUCAAGCUUUUGUCUCUGAUCAUCUGUCAGAUCUCCUUGAGCUGCUUUUAGAUCCAGAACAACUUACUGCGUCGUUUCAUUCAACUCAUAGUAGUCUCGUCUCUCGAGAAGCUGUUGUGGCACUCAGCUUUCUUAUUGAAGGCACAGUGAGUACAGCCAGGAAGAUCUAUCCACUUCAUGAACUUGCACUGUGGCAACCACUGCAUGCAGAGAGUGGCUUUUCAAAGAUCUCCAAGACUUUCUCUUUCUACAAACUGGAAGCCUGGUUGAGAGCUUGCUUAACUGGGAAUCCAUUUGGUACAUCUGCUUGCCUCAAGUCAGGAAAAAAAUUGGCUUGGGCUCACCAAGUGGAAGGUACGACCAAAAGAGCUAAGAUUGCUUGUAAUACUCACAUGGCCCCUAGAAUGCAUCGCCUGGUAGUGAUGAGCCAGGUUUACAAGCAGACAUUGGCCAAGAGCUCAGAUACUCUGGUGGGGGCGCAUGUCAAGAUUCAUCGCUGCAAUGAAUCUUUUAUAUAUCUUCUCUCUCCUUUACGAUCUGUAACAAUUGAGAAGUGCAGGAAUAGCACCUUUGUCUUGGGCCCCAUAGAGACUGCUCUUCAUCUCCAUAGUUGUGACAAUGUCAAAGUCAUUGCUGUUUGCCAUCGUUUGUCCAUCUCCUCAACAACAGGUUGCAUCUUUCACAUUUUGACCCCUACACGCCCACUUAUUCUCUCUGGGAACCAGAGAGUAACUUUUGCCCCUUUUCAUACCCACUAUCCAAUGCUAGAGGACCAUAUGGCCAGGACAGGCCUUGCUACGGUGCCUAAUUAUUGGAAUAAUCCAAUGGUUGUAUGUAGAGAGAACAGCGACACAAGUGUGUUCCAGCUCUUACCACCUUCUGAAUUCUAUAUAUUUAUUAUUCCCUUCGAAAUGGAAGGGGACACAACAGAGAUACCUGGGGGUCUUCCAUCUGCUUAUCAGAAAGCACUGAGUCAAAGAGAACAGAAAAUACAGAUCUGGCAAAAAACUGUGAAGGAGGCUCGUUUAACAAAGGAUCAAAGGAAGCAGUUCCAGGUACUUGUGGAGAAUAAGUUUUAUGAGUGGUUGAUUAAUACAGGACAUCGCCAACAGCUGGACAGCCUUGUACCCCCUGCAGCAGGCUCCAAACAAGCAGCAGGAUAAGGUCCUACAUCCAGUCACUGGGCCCUGGAAACAUAAGGAUGAAUGAAGAAUGGUUCCCAUCUUAAUACAAAAUUGGGAUAGCUUCAUUGCUGCUUAAGAGACUUUGAGGAUUUUUUUUUUUUUUUUUUGGCCCUUUAUUUAAGACCUUUCCUUGACUUCCAUUCAUACUCAAUUAUUACUAUUUAGGCUGAAUCUUAGCUAAACUUCUGACUUUCAUGUAAGCAUAUUGUUUAUAGAGCAUUAGAAGACUCAUGUUUGUGAUGCCAACAUGUUAAUGAAGGCAGUCCCAUUUUGUGUGUGUAUGUAUGUGUAUGAAUAUUUAAGUGAUCAUAGAUUUGCAAGUGAUUUCAUUUUUUAAUUUGUAUGAUGAAAGGGUUUGAUCCUUUCUAGAGUUAAAGAGAUUUUUUAUAGUUCUUUGUAACUAUUUAAAAGAUGGUUGCUAUUGCUUUUAAAAAAUAAUUGGAAUAAAAGUAUGAUUGGUUGGUGUAUAAAUAAAACAGAAAUAGUUUUGUACAAAGAUAUUUUAAUCCUUAAAGUAUGAAACUUAAUGAACUUGUGUAAAAAUCUUUUUUUAAAUUUUCUGCUUCAAAUUCUCAACUCAACAAGCUAAAAAGUAAUUUUCUUUUGUUAAAAAGGCAAAGCUUUAUUUUUGUUUGUGUGGUGCUGGGGAUUGAACCCAUGGCUUUGUGCUAGGCAAGCACUCUUCUGAGUUAUAUCCACAGCUUCAAGGCUUUACUUUUGAUUUUAGAAAAGGUUUUCAUUAUCAUUCUGUGACAUAUGGAAGUACAAUUUACAGUUGAUUGGAUAAGCUUUGUUUCUCAAGAAAAAGAAAACAAUUUUCAGUUGAUAAAAUGAAUUAUUCAUAUUUCAUAUGCUCAUUGGCAAUUCAAUUAGUAAUUGUAUUUAAAAAGGGCUACUUUUAUUUGUGAUGUGAAAAUUAACCUUCACAAUGUUGUUAAUUCUAAUUGAAGUUUUCAGAGUUUUUGUUUCAAGAUGAAAUUCAAGCAAGCAGAGCAUUAUCAAAUAAAUAAAUAUUGGAAUAAUAAAGGGUGUUUGGGAAA